AUGAAAUUACUCAGGAUUCCAGAAUACCAUUCAUCUGAGGAAUCAGAAACAGAUCAGAAAAAUGAUGAAGGAAAACGCCAGAUAGUCGUAUACAAUUAUUUCUGGCGUUCAAAUGAAAAUCUUUUACGAAAUGUUUUCGAAAAGCAUGUAUUGUUACAACAAUUAGCUCAGCUGACGAGACCUCAAAUUUAUGAUGAAAUUCGUUUCUGCAAAAAUGUACUACCGUCAAAAAAUGCGCCAAGUUGGGCUUCUACCGAUGGUUAUGACCGUUCGCUUGAUUAUAGUACUGAAGAAGAACAUAUAUAUGGUGAAUCUUCAAUAACCGGUAUGAUAAGAGGAGUGAUUUUACAAAAUGAACAAGACAAAGACGUUCUACAAUAUGACGAUAUUCCACGAUAUGAUAACGCUCCACAAGGCGAUGAUAAUUAUGAUGACAUCCCACAAUAUUUUACUAAUGAUGAAGAU